GUGCAUUGGUGAGUUAGAGUACCUUAGUGCUGCUCUUGUCAGGGUUUUUAUCGUCGGUAGCAGACACGCUUCAACUUCUCAUCGGGAUACAACAUCGAGAGACGCCUCUGUCAUUACAAAAACCCUCCCGUAAAUCCACCGGGAUACGGGAUAAGUACCUACAGAGCAGCCAAUUGGCUUUCAAUCGAUGGAGCUAUUUAUGAGAGCACGCGAGCCGUUUAAGGUGAGGUAAAGAUAGCAGUUUGUGUGGGUUGCAGUCGGUUUCUGUGUAGUGAAAGUGACUGCACUGAUUAAACCAGACCUAUCGUGCUUCAACUCCUGCGAGUGAACCAGUGGAUAUACCCCAAGAAUCUGUUCUGCAGCUCAGACCGAGACAGCCGGAUAAAGGUGACCGGACAGCUGACAUAACAAGUUUUUUGGGAGGAUUCUUGGAAGAAUUUUAAAAUGCCUGUGGCAACAUCCAGCUCUGACUCCGCCAUGCAUCAGGCCCUGGACACCCUGAGUGACAGCACUAGCUCCACAACCGCCAAUGACCUGGACCUCAUCUUCCUCAAAGGAAUUAUGGAGAGCCCAGUGGCUCAUGAGCAGUUUGAGGAACCCAAACUGGAAGCAGUGAGGGAGAACAACGUGGAGCUGGUCCAGGACAUCCUGGAUGAGCUUGGCCCGCUCGCACACAGGAGUCAGGCGGCCGACGAGCUGGUCCGUAUCCUGAAGGAGCCUCACUUUCAGUCCCUCCUGGAGACCCAUGACUCUGUGGCUUCCAAAAACUACGAGACCCCUCCCCCCAGCCCUUGCUCCUUCAUGGAUGCUGCCCUCAACAACCAGCCUGUUCCUCCCGACGCAGUCAGGAUGGUGGGAAUAAGAAAAGUGUCUGGAGAGCACCUGGGAGUGACGUUUCGAGUGGAGAGUGGCGAGCUGGUGAUAGCUAGGAUUCUCCACGGCGGCAUGAUCGAUCAGCAGGGUCUGCUCCAUGUGGGGGACAUCAUCAAGGAGGUGAACGGCAAGGAGGUGGGCAAUGACCCCAAAGUGCUGCAAGAGAUGCUAAAGGAGGCAAGCGGCAGCGUGGUGCUGAAGAUCCUGCCCAGCUACCAGGAGCCACACACACCCCGACAGGCCUUUGUAAAGUGUCACUUUGACUACGAUCCAUCUCAUGAUAACCUGAUUCCCUGUAAGGAAGCAGGGCUGAGCUUCAACAGUGGUGACAUCCUGCAGAUUUUUAACCAGGAAGACCUCAACUGGUGGCAGGCCUGUCACAUAGAGGGAGGCAGCGCAGGUCUGAUACCCAGCCAGCUGCUCGAGGAAAAGAGGAAAGCAUUUGUGAAGAGAGAUCUGGAGCUCACCACCACAGGUCCUCUAUGUGCCGGGAUGGGGGGCAAGAAGAAAAAAAAGAUGAUGUAUUUGACCACAAAGAAUGCAGAAUUUGAUCGACAUGAGUUGAGGAUAUAUGAAGAGGUUGCCAAAGUCCCGCCCUUCAGGAGGAAGACGCUUGUUCUGAUUGGUGCACAAGGGGUCGGCCGUCGCAGUCUAAAAAACAAGCUGCUGGUGUCGGAUCCCCAGCGAUACGGCACCACCAUCCCCUUCACCUCAAGAAAACCAAAGGUGGACGAGCGGGAUGGCCAGAUGUACUCCUUUAUGACCCGCAGUGAAAUGGAGUGCGACAUCAAAAACGCUCGAUUCUUGGAGCACGGAGAGUACGACGGAAACCUGUACGGCACUAAAAUAAACUCCAUCCAUGAGGUGAUAGAAACAGGAAAGAUCUGCAUCCUGGACGUCAACCCACAGGCCCUCAAAGUCCUGCGGACGUCAGAGUUCCUACCCUACGUUGUGUUUAUUGAAGCUCCGGAUUUCGAGGUUCUCAAAGCCAUGAAUAGAUCAGCUAUUGAGUCAGGAGUGGUAACGAAACAGUUAACGGACUCUGAGCUUAAGAGGACAGUGGAUGAGAGUGAGCGCAUCAAGCGGGCCUAUGGACAUUACUUUGACCUCUGCAUCAUAAACGAUGGCCUGGAGGCGGCGUUCAGAAGUCUUAGGUUUGCGCUGGAGAAACUGCUGACAGAGCAGCAGUGGGUGCCUGUCAGCUGGGUGUUCUGAGGGUCAACAAAAGGGUCACCAGCUAAGGUGCCAGGGGGCCUUGGGUCGAAGGUCGGAGGACGAUGAAACACUGGUAGCUCAAGAGGGGCUUUCUCCAUGCAGUCGAUGUUGAUGGACGUCUGUAGUGAAGGGCGGAGGGUCAUGAUUCAGUACAAAUGACCAGCCUCAUGUAGAGCUUUUUUGUACAAACUUAGUGUCCUUCUGUUGAGCCUGUAUUUUAUUUUCAAAUUAUUUUAUUGAUAUUUGUUGAAAAGGAUUUAGAGUUGAUUCUAUAAAGGUUUAGUGCAAUAGUGUGAGCGAGCGUGUGUAAGUUAUCGAUAUGUGGAUCUAGAAAGAAUAUAUUUGGCCGGUAACGGUGCUUUAUUGAAGGUUUUCUUUAAAGGAUGUUAAACUUUUUAGCCUUUCCUACUUUAUGUAGUGUAAUGUUUACAUUUGAAUGGUAGGACAGAUUGGUUAGGGAAAGAUACCAAAUGUCACAUUUGUAUUAAAUUCUCUAUAUUUUACCAUUUAAUCAUACAGUAUGAUUGAAAUGUGCUUUAUGUCUACACUUGUUUCAAAACUGAACAGCAAUAGAUAGUUUUGAACUAAAACAUAUACUUGCAAUACAUGUAUACACUCAAAUGACGAUAAUAUAUGUAACACAAAGAGAGCAGUGGACACCCUGUAACAUUAAGAUGUUUCGCAUUCAUCUUGAAGUCUACAGUUUAUUUAGUUUCCUUUUUAAUGUUAAUAUUUUUUUGUCUUUUGCUGUUGUUGUUUGGUCGACCGUGUCAGGAUCAAUUGAGUGGAUCAAAAUGGCUGUUGUCUGCCCCUUUUGAUUCUGUCAGAGUUGUAUUUGUAGCACUGGGAAUCUUCAAACUCUCAAAGAAAACAAUAAAGAAAAAAAUGAAGAAGUAGCCUACAGUAUGCACUGAUUGUAUAAUGAAGGCAAACAUUCUGUUUUAUUACAGGAUGGACAGAUGAUAGAAGUUGUUUUUGUUAUUUUUGGAUGUAAUAUAGUUAUCAGUGGCUUCAAAUUCAUACUUACUUACUUUUGCCUUAACAUGGUUUCAAAGCCAAGGAAACACUCUAUCACUGUUCCUUCUUAGAAAUAGAAAAAAUAACACAGGCAACUUCUUUCAUAUUUAUUAUAUUCUCCCUCAACUUGUAAGUACUGUAUUGUAAUAAAGAGAAUAUAGUAUGACAUAGAGAAACGUGGUGCUUUAAUGACUCUGCUGGUGUGUAGAUGCAGUUGGACAGCUACACUGUAGCUUUGAUGUUCAUAUAAAAAUGUAUUAAAAAUGAAAAUGUUAA